AUGGCUAAAAUAUGUGUUGAAGUUGAGAGCACCCUUGACUAUGGAGACAUGUUUAAAAGGAUAAUGCAUCACUCACCAGUUCCUAUGAGUCCAUCAGAGAGUCUAGCUUCUUCUGUUGUUAGAACAGCCAACUCAGCUAGAGCUGCUCUCAUAUUGGUUUUAACUCGAGGAGGGACUACUGCAAAGUUGGUGGCUAAAUACAGGCCAGUCACACCAAUUCUUUCUGUUGUCGUUCAUAAGCUUACGACAAAUACCUUUGAUUGGUCAUGCAGUGAUGAGUCCCCUGCAAGACAUAGCUUGAUAUUCCGAGGAUUAAUUCCAAUACUAAUUGCAGCCUCUGCUAGAGCUUCUCGUGCUGAAACAACAGAAGAUGCAAUAGAAUUUACCCUUCAAUGUGCCAAUACAAAGGGACUAUGUGUUAAUGGGGACUCCGUUGUGGUUCUGCAUCGUGUGGUCACUGCAUCAAUAAUCAAAAUCUUGACCAUGAAAUGA